GGAAGUGGUUACGUCACCAAAACAGAGUGGAGAGGGAGAGAGAGAAAGAGGGGAGGCUCUUCCGCCCCAUCGCUACUGAUGUGACAAGCUUACAAAUGCAAAGAAAACAUCACCACAAGCAAGACGAAACCAUGUCGGCGCAGUUUUAACCUCCUCGAUUCUCGUGGACGUCGAAUAAGUGAAUCGUUUCCACUCGGCCUGCCAGCCGUCGACGGCAGCGGCACCAUGGUGGAGAAGUCGGACCGAGCCCCGCUUCUGGACUGGGAGGAGAUCCCAGCGUCCCGCCCGAACCAAGCGGUUCCGUCGCCACCUGCGCCGCCGAAAGAAAAGGAGGAUGCGACCUCAGGGAAGAAAACCUCGACGCCAGUCUGCCUCAAGGUGACAGAAAUUGGCAGGAGGGACGACAAUUCCCCUACCGCCGUCAUCUGCCGCCCGACAGCUGUUGUUGACGGCAGGGAGAGAAGCCCGAUGGGCCGGGAAAAGCUCCGGGGGCAGCUGGUACCUCCUUUCCCGGAUCUGACCGUCAGAGAUCAGUGGGAAGAGAAGGAUCACAUCGUGUCUGUGUUUGUGGUCACCUUUAACACACGAUCAGGAAACAUGAUAGAGUGGUGUCUACCUCAUGACAUCAACCUGGAUGGAGUUGAAUUCAAGGCAAUGGCCAGUGGUUCCCAUAGGAUUACCAACGACUUUAUAUAUUUCCGCAAAGGCUGUUACUUUGGGCUCGCCUGCUUUGCCAACAUGCCUGUGGACAAUGAGUCGGAACGAGGAGCCCGGAUGAAGUCUGUCGGAAUUUUAUCUCCUUCCUACACCCUUCUGUAUCGCUACAUGCACUUUUUGGAGAAUCAAGUUAGACUCCAGUUAAAGAAUCCAGGCCAUUAUUCUCCACUGGAAGCCUUCUAUGAAGACAAGAAGGCCAUCCUUCCACUGACAGGAAAUGGCCUGAUCACGGCUUGCCCUACCUGGAGCGUGACCACCAUCAACCGCUGUAUGCAUCCGGAAAUGAAGAUCACUCACCCAGCCGGCUGCAUGUCCCAGUUUGUCCAGUUUUUUGGAGAGCACAUAAUGGUGCUGUGGAAGUUUGCACUGCUUCGGAAGCGACUCCUCAUCUUCUCCCCGCCACCUGUAGGUGUGGUCUGCUAUAGAGUUUACUGCUGUUGCAGCCUAGCCAACGUUUCUUUACCUGGAAUUGGAGUGUCCGUGCCUGAAUUGCGACCUUUCUUCUACAUCAAUGUAGCUGACAUCCCUGCAUUGGAAACACAGAUGUCAUAUGUUGCCUGCACUACAGAGAAGAUUUUUGAGGAUAAGAAAGAGCUGCACGAUCUGUACAUUGAUAACCAAAAUGUGAAAACACACAGGAGCCAUUUGCUGCCGCUCCUGCGACUCAAUGCUGCAGAUAAGGAGAGGUACAGGAAACUCAGCGAACAGAGGCAAAUGUUGCUUUACUCCCAGGAAGUGGAUGGAGACUGCACGUCGAAUGAGGAGGAUCUUUUUAUUGUGUUCUUCAUGGAGCUCAAUAACCGUAUCUUCCAGAUCCUAUCCGAGGUCGCAGGGAGCGCUGAUCCCACCCUGACGGCCGAGCAUGUAAGAGCCAUGGGGCUGGACCCACAAGGCGAUCACUGCUUCCUGGUGGAGCUGCUGGAGUUGUAUGGUGUUGACGUCACUCUGGUUAUAGAUAACCUCUGCUGCCACUAGCCUUGGAAAUCCAGGAUUUACAUCCAAUGUUGGUGAAAUUCACACACAUCCACUCACACACUGAGACACUAUGUUCACCCUGAGCCUUCAUCUGUUGCCUGCUUUCCUGUCAUCAAUGUUUGUUUUCCUUUGUGUACAUUGUGUCAUCUGGUUGUUCAAGGAGAAUGGACUCACUCCUGUCGGAUGGGGCUGUAUUUAGCAGUCAUAUCACAUUUUGUUUUUGCUUACUUGACUUAAUUCCCGUUUUCAACACUGGAUGCGCGGUUGAGAAUAUUACCAUGCACCAAUCACGCAGAGCUUGGUUAGUGCAGGAAUGGAAAUGGACUGUCAUACCGAUGUGAUUCUUGGACAUCUGAGAAAGGAAUGCUUACAUGGGCAUUUUUUUUUUUUGUAAAUGAAGCAAUAGAAGUCUGCAUCUUUGUCAGCUCUCAGCCUUUUUUACAUUAUUUAGUUUUGUUCACAUUUUGGCACCUUUAAAAUGACACUUAAGGUCUUUGAUGAAUGUGAUUUUACGACACAAAGUUAUCAUGAAUGCUGCACCUUUUUGCGGCGUUUGCCACGAGACUACAUCUUGAUGCACAUGCUGAUCAUGCAUAUUAUACACUCAGAAAAUAAUCAGCUUUGUACCUCAUGGUACCUUGUUUUGUCCCUGGUACACGAAAGUACUCUGGACUUUUGACUUUUUUUUUUUUUUUUUUUUACUGUGGUGAAACAAACAUACUGUACAUUUUUUGUUCCUAGAAUUGAUUAAGUUUUGCUAUGACGCAUUAACUAGCAUUAGUUGUCAAGUCAUUGCUUAUUGGAACUUUUCAGGUCGGUAACAGGAUCUGUCAGCAUUUCGUUAAUAGUUGAGAGACACCUACGGCCUCCCAGCAUACAAGUGUCAAAAUCAGGAAAGACGGAAAAUGAGCUAAUUUCUGACACUUGUGGGGAUUUCUGUGUUGUGGGGUUGUAAAUGGGUGGUUAAUAAGUUUACAACAGCACUGAGACUGGAAGACCAGCUUCACAGGGCUUUUUUGAAUGAGGUUUCCUUGGUGGAUUGCCAAGGAGAUCCUCCUCUUCUUUGCAAUGAAGUUCUUUUUGUGUCGGGUAAACUAAGCAGAAGCUUUAACUCUUCCUUAUUAAAAUUCACCAAAUAACCCCCCUUCCCCUGCUUCUUUUCAUUGCCAUCUCAUUGAGCAAAUCCAAGUCUGGAGUGGGAUCAAGUGUGUUUGAACACCGCUGGCACCCUGUGGAAGUGAUCAAUCUCAGUGCCAGUCGAGAUAAUUUUGUUCCAUGUUGGAACACUGUGGCUGGGGCUAAUAUAAAUUCACAGAAGUUUCUCAAAUAUCUCAUUAAAUUGUGGCAAAAUGAGAAGCUGUCAAUCCAGGCUUAAAUUAUGAAAGAUGUCCAACAGCCUUAUUGCGGUUUACCACAUGCUUUGUUAGGUUGGUUUAUAAAACAGCAAGUGCAAUUUAUAUUGUACCUAUUUUUUUUUUAAUAAACCACUUAUGCUUUGUUUAUUUUUAAAUGGGGCCUUAAGGAAAUAAGGACUUACAUCAGUGGGUCUGUUAUACUUAUGCUGUAUGUGUUUGUCAAAAGAUGAAGUAUAGAAAAUAUUUCUCAGCACAUAUGGUCCUUUUUGGACCAGUUAAUUUUUCAGCAGCUUCCAAUAUUAUUUGCAUUACUGGUGUACAUUAAAUGUUAAGUGAGUGUACAUACACACAAAUCCACACUUGUGUAAGACUCGUUGUGGACAUAUUCACUGUUGUGUAUUGGCCUUGGCUACAAUUCCUGUACAAUGUGUCUCACUCUGAAUGUCCAACAUAGCUAAACUAUUGCACACAGUGUACAUUUUCUACUUGACAGCAAGGUAUAUAAAUUGUCACUGUAACUAAACCUAACUAUACACAUGAAGUCAAUAGCAUGAGCAAUUGUGAAUUUUACUGUACUUUGUAUGAAAAUAAAACAAUGACUGAUUAA